UGUGUGUCUGCGUCACUGCCCUUCCCCCCUCUGCAGUAUAAACUGUAAUAAGAGUGAAAGUCAGCAGCUCCAUUUUGUGUGGAGUGAAAACUAAAAGAUUUCAGGAGUAAAAACACAGGUUUAAUUUAACACACCGAUGUUGGAGUGAAGUAAACGUGUGUCCUGCUGUAAUCUGGAGAAGGAGACAUGACCUCCAACAUGAGUGUGUCUGGAAAACAGGACUUCAAGAAAGACGAGAGAAUGAUGAAGGGAAAGAGAUCAGACUCACCAGAACCCAGCUGUGUGUCCAUGAAGAGUGACCAGUCAAUGGAACGUCCAAUUAACUUCAGAGACAGAGACAGUUUUAUUGUGAGAAUGAUGAAGGGAAAAAGAUCAAACUCAACAGAACCCAUCUGUGUGUCCAUGAAGAGUGACACGUCAAUGGAACCUCCACUUAACUUCAGAGGCAGAGACAGUUCUACUGAUGUGAGAAUGAUGAAGGGAAAAAGAUCAAACUCAACAGAACCCAUCUGUGUGUCCAUGAAGAGUGACGCGUCAAUGAUACUGACCUCCAACAUGAGUGUGUCUGGAAAACAGGACUUAAAGAAAGAUGAGAGAAUGAUGAAGGGAAAGAGAUCAGACUCACCAGAACCCAGCUGUGUGUCCAUGAAGAGUGACCGGUCAAUGGAACGUCCAAUUAACUUCAGAGACCGAGACAGUUUUAUUGUGAGAAUGAUGAAGGGAAAAAUAUCAAACUCAACAGAACCCAUCUGUGUGUCCAUGAAGAGUGACACGUCAAUGGAACCUCCACUUAACUUCAGAGGCAGAGACAGUUCUACUGAUGUGAGAAUGAUGAAGGGAAAAAGAUCAAACUCAACAGAACCCAUCUGUGUGUCCAUGAAGAGUGACGCGUCAAUGAUACUGACCUCCAACAUAAGUGUGUCUGGAAAACAGGACUUAAAGAAAGACGAGAGAAUGAUGAAGGGAAAGAGAUCAGACUCACCAGAACCCAGCUGUGUGUCCAUGAAGAGUGACCGGUCAAUGGAACGUCCAAUUAACUUCAGAGACCGAGACAGUUUUAUUGUGAGAAUGAUGAAGGGAAAAAGAUCAAACUCAACAGAACCCAUCUGUGUGUCCAUGAAGAGUGACACGUCAAUGGAACCUCCACUUAACUUCAGAGGCAGAGACAGUUCUACUGAUGUGAGAAUGAUGAAGGGAAAAAGAUCAAACUCAACAGAACCCAUCUGUGUGUCCAUGAAGAGUGACGCGUCAAUGAUACUGACCUCCAACAUAAGUGUGUCUGGAAAACAGGACUUAAAGAAAGACGAGAGAAUGAUGAAGGGAAAGAGAUCAGACUCACCAGAACCCAGCUGUGUGUCCAUGAAGAGUGACCGGUCAAUGGAACGUCCAAUUAACUUCAGAGACCGAGACAGUUUUAUUGUGAGAAUGAUGAAGGGAAAAAGAUCAAACUCAACAGAACCCAUCUGUGUGUCCAUGAAGAGUGACACGUCAAUGGAACCUCCACUUAACUUCAGAGGCAGAGACAGUUCUACUGAUGUGAGAAUGAUGAAGGGAAAGAGAUCAAACUCAGAACCCAUCUGUGUGUCCAUGAAGAGUGACACGUCAAUGGAUCCUCCACUUAACUUCAGAGACAGAGACAGUUCUACUGAUGUGAGAAUGAUGGAGGGAAAGAGAUCAGACUCCCCAGAACCCAGUUGUGUGUCCAUGAAGAGUGACCGGUCAAUGGAUCCUCCACUUUUCUUCAGAAACAGUUCUACUGAUGUGAGAAUGAUGGAGGGAAAGAGAUCAGACUCCCCAGAACCCAGUUGUGUGUCCAUGAAGAGUGACCGGUCAAUGGAUCCUCCACUUUUCUUCAGAAACAGUUCUACUGAUGUGAGACCACAAAAAUCAAGCAUCAGCACAAACCAGCUGGACUCUAUAUUCAAGGAGCUGGAACACAAAGUCAUCACUCUGAUAAAGAAUGAGCUGAAGAGGAUUAGGGAGCUCAUUAGUUCAGAUUACCCAGCAUGCACUGAGAGGGAGGUGGAGGAUGAGGAGGAUCUGCACAGUGCCAGAGAGGGAGCGCUGAAGAUCACACUGCAUGUCCUGAAGAACAUGAACCACACAGAUAUCGCUAACACACUGCACAACAAACUCCCCUCUGUGUAUCAGCCAGAGUUGAAGUCCAAGCUGAGAAAGAAGUUUAAAAGAAUUAAUGAAGGAAUCUCACAGCAUGGAAGCUCAGCACUUCUGAAUGAGAUCUACACUGAGCUCUACAUCACAGAGGGUUGGAGUGGAGACGUCAAUAAUGAACAUGAGGUGAGACAGAUUGAGGCAGCGUCCAGGAGACCAGCAACACAGGAGAAACCCAUCAAAUGUAAUGAGAUCUUUAAAGACAAGUCCAUCAGAACUGUGCUGACUAAAGGAGUUGCUGGAAUUGGAAAAACAGUCUCUGUGCAGAAGUUCAUCCUGGACUGGGCUGAAGGAGAAGUAAAUCAGGACGUCACCUUCAUGUUUCCACUUCCCUUUAGAGAGCUGAAUCUGAUGAAGGAGAAAAAUCUCAGUUUGAUGAAUCUUCUUCAUCACUUUUUCCCAGAAAUAAGAAAACUAGAAUCAAUAGACUGUGACUCCUACAAAGUGGUGUUGAUCUUUGAUGGUCUGGAUGAGUGUCGACUUCCUCUAAAUUUCCAGAAGAAUGAGACAGUGUGUGGUGUGACAGAGUCAGCCUCAGUGGAUGUGCUGCUGAUGAACCUCAUCAAGGGGAAUCUGCUUCCCUCUGCUCUCCUCUGGAUAACCACAAGACCAGGAGCAGCCAAUCAGAUCCCUCCUGAGUGUGUAGACCAGGUAACAGAGGUACGAGGCUUCAGUGAUCCUCAGAAAGAGGAGUACUUCAGGAAGAGGAUCAGUGAUCAGAGCCUGGCUGAUAAAAUCAUCACACACCUGAAGUCUUCAAGAAGCCUCUACAUCAUGUGCCACAUCCCAGUCUUCUGCUGGAUCUCAGCCACUGUUCUAGAGAGAAUGUUGGGUGAAGCAGAGGGUGGAGAGAUCCCCAAGACUCUGACUCAAAUGUUCACACACUUCCUGAUCUUUCAGAUCAAACACAAGGACCAAAAGUACCAUCAGAAAUGUGACCCUGAUCCUCAGCAGACCAGAGAGAGUAUCAUGGCACUGGGAAAACUGGCUUUCAACCAGCUGGAGAAAGGAAACUUGAUCUUCUAUGAGGAAGACCUGAGAGAGUGUAACAUUGAUGUCAGAGAAGUGUCAGUGUACUCAGGAGUGUGUACCCAGAUCUUCAGAGAGGAGUUUGGGCUUCACCUGGGGAAGGUGUUCAGCUUCGUACAUCUGAGUGUUCAGGAGUUUCUGGCUGCUUUAUAUGUAGUUUUCUGCUUUAUUUUAACAAAUACAAAUGUGCUUGUGGAGCAAAUCACUGGACUUUUUCAUUUCUUCAGAAAUCCAAACAUGUCUGAUCUCCUCAGGAGUGCAGUGGACAAGGCCUUAAAGAGUAAGAAUGGACACCUGGACCUGUUCCUCCGCUUCCUUCUGGGUCUCUCACUGGAGACCAAUCAAACUCUUUUACGAGACUUAAUGCCACAGACAGGAAGCAGAUCUCACAGCAAACAGGAAACAGUGAAGUACAUCAAGGAGAAGAUCAGGGAGAAUCCAUCUCCAGAGAAAUCCAUCAAUCUGUUCCACUGUCUGAAUGAACUGAAUGAUCAUUCUCUAGUGCAGGAAGUACAAACUUACCUGAACAGAGGAGGUUACAGUCGUCUCAGAGGAACCAGACUCUCUCCUGCUCAGUGGUCAGCUCUGGUGUUUGUGUUACUGACCUCAGAACAGAAGCUGGAUGUGUUUAAUUUGAGUGAAUAUGAUCCAUCACAUGAAUGUCUUCUGAGGCUGCUGCCAGUGGUCAAAGCCUCCAGAAAAGCUGAUCUGCGUCGGUGUAAUCUGACAGAGGAAAGCUGUAGAGUUCUGUCCUCAGUUCUCAGCUCAAACUCCUCCAGUCUGAGAGAACUGAACCUGAGUGUCAAUAAACUGCAGGAUUCAGGAGUGAAGCUGCUCUCUGAUGUACUGAAGAAUCCACACUGUACACUGGAGAUACUGAGUCUGUGUCGGUGUAAUCUGACAGAGGAAAGCUGUAGAGUUCUGUCCUCAGUUCUCAGCUCAAACUCCUCCAGUCUGAGAGAACUGGACCUGAGUUACAAUAAACUGCAGGAUUCAGGAGUGAAGCUGCUCUCUGAUGUACUGAAGAAUCCACACUGUACACUGGAGAUACUGAGUCUGUGUUGGUGUAAUCUGACAGAGGAAAGCUGUAGAGUUCUGUCCUCAGUUCUCCGCUCAAACUCCUCCAGUCUGAGAGAACUGAACCUGAGCGGCAAUAAACUGCAGUAUUCAGGAGUGAAGCUGCUCUCUGAUGCACUGAAGAAUCCACACUGUACACUGGAGAUAUUGAGGAUGCAGGACUGCAGUAUUACAGAUGAAGGUUGUGCUGCUCUGGCUUCAGCUCUGAGGUCAAACUCCUCAUCACACCUGAGAGAACUGAAUCUGUUGGGUAAUAAUCCAGGAGACUCAGGAGUGAAUUUGCUUUAUUAUCUACUGAAGGAUCCACACUGUAAACUGGAGACACUACACAUUAAUAAUCUCACCAGGUCUGGUGUAUGACAGGAGUCUCUCCUCAGACCUUUUUUCCAGGAUAAAGCAGUUAUGGUGGUGAAGCGUUAGAACACGUCCCACAUUUCCAGCAGUUUGGGAGCUGAAUCAUUCAUAUUCAGAUGUAGAAGAUCCAUAACAAUAACUGUGACUGAUCACA